GUGUUCUGAAUCUGAACUGUUCUCAGUCUUUUUGAGUUUUUUUCGAAUGCCCACGCGUGCAACCUGCAGCGUGGCCGUGCUGAAAUCUGUCAACACUCUUUGACACCUCAGACUUUUCUUGUGAGUCCGUGACCGAAAGUUUUCUCCGUAUUUUUUGCGAGUUUUCGCUUGAGCUUAUCUGAAUUGACCAAUUACUGUCUGAAUCGCCGCGGUUUGGAGUUUGCAUAGCAGUUUCCCUGGAUGCAGACUGCACUCUCGGGAUCCACAAUGGCGAACAAAAACUCCAUAACUAGCGUGAAUCUCAAUGGAUCCAUAAUGCACCGUCUUAAGCAAGGCAGAUCUUCAGAAAGCGAAGAGGACGAAGCAUUCAAGGGAAUGGAUAAGGAAUACAGGAGCUUGAAGGCUAAAUGGACAGAGGACAAGCAAAGUGCUCGACUGGCAGUCAGCACGCUGCAGCAACAAGUGGCGGACCGCGACCGCGUCAUAGAACAGCAGCGAACGAUGAUGACGAAUCUGCAGAGUGUCGUCUCCACCAAGAAUCGCAUCAUCGAAGAGCAAGGUAUCCGCUUGAAGGAGAUUGAAGCGCGGGUGCUGGACGGUCAGCGACAGAAGAUGGAGGAGCAGCAGAGCCGCUUGCAGGAGCUGGAAGCGUGCUUGGCCGAGGAGAAACGCGCGCGCGAGGAGUUGGCGGCACGCAAUGCCCAGUUGAUGACGAUAACCUCGGCCAUCCACGGGGCUUUCGCUAGUCACCGCGAUGUUGUGCAGCUACUAUUGGGUUCGCCUGGUGGCGUCGGAUCUCCUGUUAAUGCUCCCCAAGAUUUGAAAGUGGGCGUCGAAGCUGUUGUUGAUGUCCCCAAAGUCGACGGUGAAAGCCCUACUGUUGUUCCGAUUCCGGUUGUCGCUGCUGAACAGAUUCAGGCAGCAGUUGUCGAUGGUGCAUCGGAAUCCCUUGCUGAAAAGACUCCCGUGGCGGCUGUCGAUGGCCCAUCGGAAUCGGCGUCUGCACCGCGCGAUCCCACUCCGCCGCCCUCCGCACCGGAACCCCCGAUCGAGCCGGUCGCCGAGCACGUAGAAGUCGACACGGAGCCGGUGGUUGUCCCGCCGCCAUUGCCCGUUGCUGACGACACACCGCCGACCGGUAGCGAGAGUGUGGGAGCGGACGUGGACAUGCCUCCCGCCCUUUCCGUUAACGAACAGUCUAAGGAGCCCGCCGCGGCCCAUAAACCCAUUAUAGUGGUCCUCCCCAUCAAACCGGCGCUCCGCUCGCGCCCGCCCAUUGACUCAGAGAACCCGGCCUCCCCCGAGAUCACCGACCGGCCCAAGAAGACCGUCAGCUUCUCGCCGCUGCUCGAUCAGGUGGGCGUCGUGCCAGGGAAGCGGAAACGGGCGGAAUCCCUGGUGACGUCCUACACGUGCCGCGUGUGUCUGGUGGAUUUCGUGGAUGAGGCGGCACUGCGCGGGCAUGUGUGCCCGUUGCAGCGUAUCUACCAGUGCGGAACAGACGGCUGCCAGAAGACCUUCGGGAGCGCAUCCAGCAAGCGCCGGCAUGAGAACGCGGCGCACGUUGAUAAGCCGAAAUUGCGCGCAGCCAAAUCAGGGCCGAUAAAUAAUUCCUCUUCUCCGGGUUCUUGAUGAGGGAUAGCGUUGUGGUUCGUUUUACGAGGACAGUAAUGAUCUUUGCAUUUUUUCAAAAAUUUUGUAUUUUUAUCAUUUGUACCGAUUGCCUUACGUGAUUUGAUGGAGUUCCUGUUUACUAACAUAUGUAUAAUUUUUCUGUUUGCUGGAUGCUGGGUUUUGGUGAUGACAGGUUUGCUUUCUUUCCUGGGCAUGAUGGCUGGAAAUUGUUAGGUUAUUCUGUUUUUAUGGCACUCUCUCAGGUACAUUUUUGAUUUGAUUUAUAUAUUUCGCAAUUCGACUGUGUUUGUGGUGUUAGGAAGCUUUUCGGUAGAGUGUUUUCAGAAAUUUCGAUGUUUGUAAAUUUCAAAUAAAGAUGGUACCUGUGUGAA